AUGCCCACCCUCUCAGUCGUGAACUUCAAUAUAGUCUGCUCCGUGCUGGGAGGAUUCAUAACCAUCUUUGGCCUGGUCUCCUACCUGCUCAAGGAGAAAUUCCACCUAUCCGAGGCUUUGAUCUCGACGUUAGCUGGCGUCGUGUUCAGUCCGCACGCCACCAACUGGAUCCGGCCUCUGGACUAUGCUGAUGGCAACGAUGUUGACCUCGAAACAAUCACACUUUAUUUCUCCCGGCUUGUCCUUGGAGUACAGCUUGUGCUUGCCGGUGUACAGCUGCCAAGCAAGUACUUGUGGAAGGAAAAGAAGAGCCUGUCCAUUCUGCUUGGCCCUGGGAUGAUCAUCAUGUGGCUGGUCACAUCAUUGCUUGUGUGGGGACUGAUGCCAGAUAUCGACUUCGUUAUGGCUAUUGCGAUUGGAUCCUGUGUCACCCCGACCGACCCGGUCCUGUCCAACAGCAUAGUGAAGGGUAAGUUUGCAGACAAGAAUAUCCCGCCGCCGCUGCAAAAGAUCAUCAUUGCGGAGUCAGGAGCCAACGAUGGAUUGGGCUAUCCCUUUCUAUUUCUGGGUCUCUACUUGCUUAAGUAUGCCGGAGAUGGUGGCCUCGGUCAGCAUGGCGGCGUGGGACAUGCUUUUGCCUUGUGGUUCUACGACACGUGGGCAUAUGUCAUCAUUCUGUCCAUAGUCUACGGGGCUCUUAUCGGAUGGCUUGCCAAAGAAGCACUUCACUGGGCGGAGGAGCGUCACUACGUCGAUCGAGAGUCUUUCCUCGUGUUUGCCAUCGCACUUGCGCUUUUCAUCGUCGGAACGGCUGGCAUGCUGGGUUCUGACGAUGUGCUCGCCUGCUUCAUUGCUGGCAAUGCAUUCACCUGGGACGACUGGUUCAGGCUCGAAACUAAGGAUGACAGUCUACAGCCGACCAUAGACAUGCUACUGAACGUGGCAAUCUUUAUGUGGUUUGGCGCUGUGUGUCCCUGGCACAGCUUCGUUCACAAUAGCGUGAUUCCGAUAUACCGCCUCAUACCUCUUGGGAUACUCGUUCUACUUCUCAGGCGUCUACCUAUGGUUCUAGGCUUCCACAAGCAGAUCCACCAGAUCGAACAUUGGCAGCACGCGUCUUUCGUCGGCUUCUUUGGACCCAUCGGCGUAAGCGCAAUAUUCUACCUCUACAUUGCGCGGGAGUUCCUCCGCGAGAUUGAAGUGGACGGACACGAACGUGAGGAUGCUGCACGAGAGUUCGAAGUUUUGGAAGUCGUCGUCUGGUUUUUGGUGAUAUGCUCCAUUGUGGUGCACGGGCUGAGCAUUCCGCUAGGCAAGCUGGGUCUCUACCUACCACGGACCCUUAGCACUGCCAUGUCUUCGGAGCGUGUCUCGCGCAGUCCCAGCCGGAAUCGUGGCGAUGCCAACAACAAUGAUGAGCCAGACCUUAAUCUCUCGCCCAGCAGGAUCUUCAGCAUUGCGAGCAACUUCUUCGGACGCAUUCGAAGUCACACUGCUCGCCCAGUGGGCACGACUGUCCAUGGAGAGCACGAGCCGAAAGAGCAUGAUAGCGAAGCUUCGCACCCGGAAAUCUCCGCUCCUAGGAAUGCCCGAAUUAUUGGCAACCCUAUCAACGCUGGCAAUGAUGCCAGUCAGCCACACGAGGCACCUCUCGACAAAAGCGGACGACAUUCACCAUCGAAGGACCGUGUCAUCACCCCAGUGUCUGGACCCACCACGCCUACCGCCGGAACAUUUCAGAGAAGUAUCAGGUUUCCGGAUGAGGCAGACACAUCGAAGGCGUCAAGCGUUCGCGGCCGCCGCGAAUAG